UGAUUCAGGGCUGAAGUUGUCUCAACGAAACUGCCGUGGCACUUUGGCAGCCUUUAGGAGAUAACCACAUGAAGAGAUGAGACGGAGGCAGAAGCGACUGUUGCAGUUUGCGGGUUUGGUUAUAGCGGCCCUUCUUUUUUUGCCUAACGUUGGUUUAUGGUCCCUUUACCGAGACCGAGUGUCUGAAAACUCUCCCGAAACAGUGGUGGGACUGCGAGUUAGCCUGCAGAAUCAGGGAGUGGACGUGGGGUUCAGGAAGGAUCCUCGCCAUGAUGGAAAUCAACGGAAAGACUGGCAUGACUAUGAGGCAAUCAGGAGGGACGCGGCCCGAUCAGGGAAUGGGGAGCAAGGAAAGCCGUUUCCUAUGACGGACGCAGACCGUGUGGAGCAAGCGUACAGAGAGAAUGGAUUCAACAUUUAUGUUAGUGACAGAAUCUCUCUCAAUCGAUCACUGCCUGAUAUCAGACACCCAAACUGCAAACAGAAGCUGUACACACAGAAGUUGCCCAACACCAGCAUCAUCAUUCCUUUCCACAACGAAGGCUGGUCGUCUCUUCUGCGAACUGUCCACAGCGUACUCAACCGCUCUCCACCAGAGCUCAUCGCAGAGGUCAUUCUGGUGGACGACUUCAGCGAUAAAGAGCAUCUGAAGGCCCCCUUAGAAGAUUACAUGGUGCGCAUGCCAAAGGUACGGAUUCUGCGCACAAAGAAAAGGGAGGGUUUGAUUAGGACCCGGCUGCUAGGCGCUCUGGCUGCUAAGGGGGAGGUCAUCACCUUCCUGGACUCACACUGUGAGGCUAAUGUCAACUGGUUGCCUCCUCUGCUCGACCGCAUCGCCCAGAACCGCAAAACGAUUGUGUGCCCUAUGAUUGACGUGAUUGACCAUGAUAACUUUGGUUAUGAGACCCAGGCAGGAGAUGCUAUGCGUGGGGCCUUUGACUGGGAGAUGUACUACAAACGCAUCCCUAUCCCAGCAGAGCUGAUGAAAGAGGAUCCGAGUGAACCGUUUGAAUCUCCCGUCAUGGCAGGAGGGCUAUUUGCGGUGGACAGGAAGUGGUUCUGGGAACUGGGAGGAUAUGACACAGGGCUGGAGAUCUGGGGAGGGGAGCAGUAUGAGAUUUCAUUUAAGGUGUGGAUGUGUGGGGGCCGAAUGGAGGACAUCCCUUGUUCCAGAGUGGGGCACAUUUACAGGAAAUAUGUUCCCUACAAAGUCCCUGGCGGAGUCAGUCUGGCUAGAAACCUGAAGCGUGUGGCUGAGGUGUGGAUGGAUGAGUACGCUGAGCAUGUUUAUCAGCGUCGGCCGGAUUACCGCCAUCUCUCUGCAGGGGACGUGACCCUGCAGAAGGAUCUGAGGAGACGUCUGAACUGCAAGACUUUCAAAUGGUUCAUGACAGAGGUGGCCUGGGACCUGCCCAAACACUACCCACCUGUGGAGCCCCCAGCAGCAGCCUGGGGAGAGAUUCGAAAUGUCGGCAGUGGAAUGUGCAUGGAGAGUAAACACUUUGCCUCUGGUUCACCCAUUCGGCUGGAGACAUGUUUGAAAGGGCAGGAGGAAGCUGGAUGGGGCCAUGGACAGGUCUUUACAUUCGGCUGGAGGGAGGACAUCCGGGUUGGUGACCCCCUGCACACUAAGAAGGUCUGUUUUGAUGCCAUCUCAAACAAUAGCCCUGUGACACUAUAUGACUGCCAUGGCAUGAAGGGGAACCAGCUGUGGCGUUACAGAGAGGAUAAGACAAUCUACCACCCCAUCAGUAACAGCUGUAUAGACAGCAGCCCCACAGAGAAGAGGGUGUUUAUGAAUUCAUGCCAGCCUGGCUCUCCCAGCCAGAAGUGGAUCUUUGAGAGGACCAAUUCCACGAUACUGCAACAAUUCAACCGCCAAUGAGAGCAGAGGGGCGGGACUCUUACCUGGAUUGUGAUGUCAGUCAGAGUGUGUGUAUGAGGGGCAGGGAGCCUGAUGUCAUGGAUUGUUUCUGUUGAGUGGCAUUUGCUCUGUCUCAGUGAACACCUGAGGACAGGUAAACAGAGAUGAGAUCUCCUGCAAGAUUUCUCAAGGACUCCAAGGUUUGAGAGUGAAAUUUGGCAAAACUGAAACAAAACAGUAUAUGCUUUAUGCCACUGACUGCAAAUGUUUGAGCUGAAGAGUGAGCCACCCAAGGGGAUGCUGCACUACCACAUGUUUAGUUUCAGUUUCAGUUUCACUCUUCACUGUUGUAGCUCUUGUGAAGUCAUAUAUCAGGGUGUGCCUGUCUUUGUCUGGAUGUAUCAGACUGGAUGUCGCUGUUCCUGAGGCUGUGAAAGAGACAGGCAGAUCCAGACCCUCCUCCUUUUCUCAAAGUACUGCCCACAUCCAACAACCUUACUCUGGCAUCGUAGCUGAAUAGAAAGCCAGAUGAGCAACACAGUGAAAAUAUCUCCUUUUGAUUAAAUGUUUUCAUGCCCAUUUUAAUCCUCAUCUGCUAUUCCUCUAAUCCUCUGACAGCUGAUAGACGUAUCUCUGUAGCACGUAACCUUUCUGCACGGAUUUGCACAAGAUGGCCAGGCAGAAAUGUAUGGUGGAAAACGUGCUGUGUUGGAAGACUGACAGAGAGAGAGAACUCUCGUCAUUCCACUCCACUCUACGAUAACUGAUGUUCUACUGACACGUAAGGGGUGUUUGUCGGCUGUUUUUAACAAAUCAAAAGCCGAGUCUAAACCACUUUAAGAGGACCUGAUUGCAGCUGGUUCUUUGAUUCGUGGGCCCAGAUGGUCGACAUAAAGCAUUACAGCGCACUCAUUAUGAUAAACUUGAAAUCGAUCCUAGUGCCUUGUUGGCAGAGAGCGUAAUUAUUUUAGCAGGAUAAAACCAAAGCUCCUGUCACGUUAUUUAACUGAUUUUACUGUUUGGUUUAUGUGAGUGAGUGAGUGAG